AUGGCUGCAGUGGCGACUGCCGGCUCUCUUCAGAGCCAUCUGCACAGCCCACACAGUCUUGGCGCGAUUGGCGCUUUGACCAAGAGAUCCGGGUCAGUGCCAGGAAGUGCGCGGGGUACAGCUUGCUCUAACGAAACUGACGCGGUGCCCCUUUUCAAAAAGCAUUUGGAGGCCACCGAAGAGAAGCUAAGCGUGCAAAUCGGCAGAGUCCAACAGCAGAAUGAGAAGUUGCGAGAAGCAGCUUUUUCCCGGGUUGAUGCAAAGCUCUGUGGGUUUGAGGCCUUGCAGCCUAAGAUCGAUAGGCGGCUUGCAGAGCUUUCAGGAAAUCUCCAAGGACUGUCUUCUGAACUUCAGGUACAGAUUCGGCGCGCUGACCAGAUGGAUUCGAGGCUAAGAAGCUGGAAGCAAGAGCUGGAAGACACGAUAGAUGCAAGAUUCGCUGAGCUGGAGCGCAGCUUUCAGCAGAUUGAGUCUUCUGCACGUUUAUCGUCUUCCUGCAGUGAGGACAGCAUCAACCGUUGGUCUCGCCGCUUGCUUCGGUUGGAAGGCUUGGUUGAUGAGCGGACUGCCAGAACCCGAGAUGGGACCCAAAAGGCAUCAAUUAGGACUAAUUCGGAUUGCUUGCUACACCGUUCAAAGGCUUGA